AAGCUGGACAGGAGAGCGCUGAUAGGGAGUGAAAGCCCGAUAGAUAGCUGGAACACUGCAUCCAAAGUAUCCGCUGAUUUAUAAAGAGGCAUUUCUUUUAUCUAUUAGGGAAAAGGCCUGCGGAGAUGGGCGACAAGGCGGGGACCAGAGUCUUUAAGAAGUCUAGCCCCAACUGCAAGCUCACAGUUUACUUGGGGAAAAGGGACUUUGUUGAUCAUCUGGAUCACGUGGACCCCGUGGAUGGAGUGCUAUUGAUUGAUCCUGAGUACCUUAAAGACAGAAAAGUUUUUGUGACCCUGACGUGCGCGUUCCGCUAUGGCCGUGAGGACCUGGACGUGUUGGGCCUAUCAUUCCGGAAAGAUCUGUACAUCUCCACGUUCCAGGCGUUUCCCCCUCUACCUGAGGAAAGAAAACCGCUGAGUCGUCUUCAGGAGAGACUACUCAAGAAACUAGGCCAGCACGCGUACCCUUUCAACUUCACUAUUCCUCAGAAUCUGCCCUGCUCAGUCACUCUGCAACCAGGACCAGAAGAUACUGGAAAGGCGUGUGGAGUAGACUUUGAGGUGCGAGCGUUUUGUGCCAAAUCAGUAGAGGAGAAGAUUCAUAAAAGGAACUCUGUGCGGUUGGUGAUUAGGAAGGUGCAGUAUGCUCCAGAGAAGCCCGGUCCACAGCCCAUGGUGGAGACCACACGCAGCUUCCUCAUGUCAGACCGCUCCUUACACCUGGAGGCCUCACUGGACAAAGAGCUGUACUACCAUGGAGAGCCUAUUAGUGUCAAUGUCCAUGUCACUAACAACUCCACCAAAACCGUCAAACGAGUGAAAAUCUCGGUGCGCCAGUACGCUGACAUCUGUCUGUUCAGCACCGCACAGUACAAAUGCCCUGUGGCCCACGUGGAGGCUGAUGACCAGGUCUCUCCCAGCUCCACGUUCUGCAAGGUCUACACACUCACACCCACGUUGACCAACAACCGUGAGAAGAGGGGACUGGCCCUGGAUGGGAAACUCAAACAUGAAGACACCAACCUGGCCUCUAGCACCAUAGUGAAGGAUGUCUCCAAUAAAGAAGUACUGGGGAUCUUGGUGUCUUACAGAGUCAAAGUCAAACUUGUGGUGUCUCGUGGAGGCGACGUUUCCGUGGAGCUUCCGUUUGUCCUGAUGCACCCCAAACCCUCGGACCAGUCCAGCUCCCGACCGCAGUCAGUUGUGCCCGAGACGGACGUUCCCGUGGAUACCAAUCUGAUAGAGUUUGAGACGAAUAAUUACUCACAGGAUGAUGACUUUGUGUUUGAGGACUUUGCGCGCCUGCGCCUGAAAGGGAUGAAAGACGAGAAAGACGAGGACGACCAUUUCUGCUAACGCCUCUCUCCUCCCUCCAAAAACCAGUCCCUAAUGCUGCUCCACUGGGCUCACUACCACCGCACCGGGCAGUCGCUGAUUCUCAACGCUCUCUUCUUCUUCUUCUUCUUCUCCCUCUCUCUUUCUUUCUCUCUCUCUCAUACCUCUUUCCCAGUCUC